AUGCCCGAAAGUUCCUGGCAGCAAGUGCACACCUACAAUGACCAUCUGGGUCACCGCGUGGUGCUCGAGCAGUUCGUGGAGCCAGACUUCCCUCCAGACCCUAAGCACCUAAUUCCCAUUCAGGUCUACAGUCUUGUCCCUCUUGACGACGACCACCACCAAAUGCUCCAGGAAUACAUGAUGGGCUAUUUUAAUAAUGAAGAGCUCAAGCCUUUGUUCGAGAUUUAUUCAUACUUCCCACCCGACCAAUUCCCCUGUUUAAUCGUCUUGAAAUCUCCCACCGCAAGCAGCAAUACCGAUCAGGGGUUGAGAAUCCACUCCCGCUAA